AUGCGUUUCUCGCUCGGUGCACUUCCUCUUGGUCUUGUCUUCAACAUUUUUCUGGGGACGCUCGCCUCUCCUUUAUUGGAGCAGCGCGAUGUUGGAAUUACGCAAGUGACAUGGGGCGAUCUCGGACGUUAUUCGAAGUACUCGUCGGCGUCGUAUCAGCUAUUCUGUCCAAAACCUCUCGGAAACACGCUCAUCUCUCAGUUCUCGAAAAAGGGCACCCAGGGAUUUAUUGCCCGCGACGAUACCCGCCAAGAGAUAGUCAUUGUGUUUACAGGAUCAUUGGAACCUAUCGACGUCUUCACUGACAUACACAUUAUUAUGUCCCCACUGAAAUCUCAAGGCCUCACGAAUGUUGGUGACGCUUACGUUCAUACUGGAUUUUUGCACGCCUACAAUGUCGUUGCGGCGGAUGUCCUCGCCACCGUCAAGAAACAAUUAGCGUCCUACCCAACGUACCGUGUCGUUGCUACAGGACAUUCACUAGGCGGUUCAGUCGCGUCCGUCGCCGCGCUGACUGUGCGCGCCGCCCAUCCAAACGUACCCUUGGAGUUAUACACUUAUGGUCAGUUGCUCUUGUUACAAUACGGGCAACCCCGGACGGGAAAUCAAGCAUUUGCGACACUCGUUGAGAAAACAAUUGGUGUUGACCAUAUCUUUCGAGGUGUUCACACUUUUGAUGGUAUACCCACUAUUUUAUUCAAGGCUCUUGGCUACCGUCAUUUCGGAACUGAAUAUUGGAACUUUCGAGAGCCGGGUACGAAAGACAAUGUAAAAAUAUGUAACGGAGGCGAAGACUCCACUUGUAGUGAUUCGAUACCCUCGACUUUUAUCAACGUGGCUCAUGUUGGUCCUUACUUUGGUCAACUAAUGGCUUUGAACCCUUUGCUUUGCCUCAAGGCAUAA